CCUUUGAUCUAUUCGGGCUGAGUGUUUCCCCGGAAGAUAUUUUCGGAGGACUGUUAAAGCCGCCACUUCCUUCCCACGUGAACCGCUCCAUGUGAGCACCGCUUUUACAUCAAAUAACUGUUUGUAUCCAAUGAUUCUCGUUAACAAUACCAUGGAUAUUAACGAAGAUGACGAGCAAUUAGGUGAGACGUCUGAGGAGGAUGACAGCGAAUUAUCUGACGGAGAGCUUCAAGAUGCAUUUGCAAAGGGUUUGUUAAAGCCUGGAUUGAACUUUACAACACAAGAACCGAAGAAGAUUGUCAACAGUGUGGAGGGUUUGAAACAGUGCCUCGCCGACUUCCGUAAGAACACACUACCCUGGGUAGAGAGGCUGGACAUGGUCAAUCUCCCAGCUGAUGACAUCGUUGCCAAGUCCGAGGGCAGACUUGACAACAAGGCUAGUGGAGACCUCAACCCGGAUGACGACUUCCAGAGAGAGAUGUUCUUCUACCGCCAAGCUCAAGCCGCUGUUCUGGAGGCGAUGCCCCGGCUCCUGAAGCUUAAGAUAGCCACCAAGAGACCUGAGGACUACUUUGCAGAGAUGGCCAAGUCGGACCAGCAAAUGCAGAAGAUCAGGAAGAAACUCAUCAUGAAGCAGACAAUGAUGGAGAAGUCAGAAAAGGCCAAGAAACUAAGAGAACAGAGGAAGUAUGGCAAGAAGGUGCAAGUGGAGGUUAUUCAGAAGAGACAGAAGGAGAAGAAGGCCAUGAUGUAUGCUGUGAAGAAGUAUCAAAAAGGCAUGACUGACAAACUGGACUUCCUGGAAGGAGAUCAGAAGACGGCUAAAGGAGGAGCUCCGGCUAAAGGAGGAGCUCCAGCUAAAGGAGGAUCAGGGAAAACAGCAGGAGGCCAAACACCUGAUAAAAAAGCCAUGAACAAAAAAGGCCCCAAUGCUAAGAGGAAGUAUAAGGACCAGAGGUUUGGCUUUGGCGGAAAGAAGAGUGGAACCAAGUGGAACACCAAGGACAGUCACAAUGAUGUGUCAGGGUUUCGUGCCAAGGUGGCUCAUGGGAAAGGAGGAAAGGGAGGGAAAGGAGGCAAAGCGGGACCUGGAGGAAAAGGAGGAAGGGGCCCCUCCAAAGGAGGGACUAAACGACCGGGCAAGAAUGCACGCAAGAAGAUGAAGGGUCGCUCCUAAGGAGUUGAGUGCUGAAGGUCCUGCAGUUUGAUUGGUCCCUCGGUCUAUGACAUCAGCCAGGUUUGCACCUCGUCAUCAGUCUUGGGUUACACACAUUGCAUCCCAGCGCAUAUAUUAAAGAGAAGUGCUCUCUUUCUAUACUUAAUCACACACACCAACUGUUAUUGAGCCCUUGGGGCAGUGGACUGAUAUUAAGGAAUUUGUGUCACUAUGACCCAAGAUGUCCACUUGCAUCCUGCCCUCAGAAUGAUCUUUCCUAGAAUAUCGCUGAGGCUAGAUGCGGACUUGGCUGCAUGUGAGCUUUGGAAUGUCACCUUGUGCACAACCUGACUGAGCGGAACCGUACCAUAUACGCCAAAUUCAAUAGCUGCCCUGCUACACUCCCUCUGCAGAGGGGUGGUUUAAAACCCCGAACAUGAAUUUGGACAUUAAAAGACAAUUACAUUUUGUUUCUUUUAUUACCGCCUGUAAAAAAAAAAAAGUUUUAAAAUAAAUCUUUAUACAUUGUUGUAUCGCAUGUAAGUUUGUGAUGCUAUUUUCUGAUGUUGAUUAAAAUGAUCAAGCCACUUCAAUAAAUAUAUGCUGUCAUUUA